AUGGUUGCGAGACGGGCGCGCGUGGAUGCAGGGGCUCGUGAGGGCGCGGGGCAUCGGGACAGGUUCAGGAUCGGCGGCGCCCUCUCUGCCUCCGUCGGCGGCUCGAAUGCGGGCGGCGACAUGUCGCGCGCACGCGCCGCGCCGCCGACACUCGCCACGCAGCCGCCGCUGACGACGCUGCUGCUGGCCGCGCUGCUCGUGCACCGUGUGGGGUGCGAGCUGACGCAGCAGGUGCCGUCGUUCGUGGCGGAGCCGCCGGCGCUGGUGCAAUAUUUGGCGUCGCGCGGGGUGCGCGUGCGCUGUACCGCGCGCGGAGAGCCUGCUCCCGCGCUCGCCUGGAUCACCGACGACGGCACACUACUCGACGACAGACCCGGCCUCAGGCGAGUGUAUAACAACGGCACGCUGGAAAUGUUGCCGACAAGCGCAUACUUGGGCGUAGGCGGCGGAGACAGCAGCACGAGCGUAGGCGGCGGUGGAGUGGUAACGCUGAGGUGCCGCGCCGCCAAUGCACACGGUGUCGUGCUCUCCCGUGACGUGACGCUGCAGCCCGUGCCAGAUGUAUCGUGGGAGCCGGUGGUGACGGCGGCGGCGGCGGCGGCGGGCGGCGUGGCGGCGCUCACGUGCGGCGCCACGCGACACGCGCAGUACGUGCGCGUCGCCGCCUGGUACCGCGCCGACAGAAUGCUCACCAUCGACGCGCCGACGCCAGGUAACGAGGAUGAUACGCGCGUCAGCCAUCCGCAGCUUACUUAUAAGACACCCAGCGUCACCGUACAUGUCACCAAAAUACAAAAACCCCGCUCCAGAAUGUUCCGCAUUAUAUUGAGAGGCCGCGCGGCCGCCGCGCCGGACACCGAUAAAUCUCCCGGACAGCGGGCGCCGGACGGCGGGCACCGGGCGGCGGCGCGGGCGACGGCGCGGGCGGCGAACUGCUCCAUUACUCACCGCCUGCCGUAUAUCUCGCGCGACAUCGCGCUGUUAAUUAAUUCCAGCUCCUUGAAAAUAUUUCACGUAAUAAGGGGACAAAUUAGCGCGCGGCAUUUGUUACCGGCACCUAGGCUCCCAGGCUACCCUCCCCGCAACCCGCCCCGCCCCGCCCCCUCGCCGCAGCUUACAUCCACCCGCGCCCGCUGUCGACUGGAUUUUCUUGAAACAGAGACGUUAUGA